AGACACGUAAGAGUCGUGCCGCUGAAACCAACCGUAAUUACCGUCCACACAUUGGAAUUGUUUUAUUUGGGUCAAACGUCAUAUGACACAAACUCCGUUUAGAGAUUACUUCGACGAAAUGUCGAAAACAUUUUCAAUGUAACAUACUUUUAUCAUGAAAUGAAGUGCGUACCGCUUUAAUAACUUCUUCGUCAUCAUAGAGGGCGUAGUCAUACCUUGAGAUUGACACAAACCAGGUCCAAUAGGAUGAAAGAAUCGUGUCUUUUUGUGUGUUUAUAUCCAAUCAGACGGUUAUGGGUGUAAACAGAGUGUACCGGUUGUGCAGUCAUGGCUCCAUAUGCUGGAGUCGUAACCUUGAUAUUUUAGCCUCUUCGUUUGUGACAAUCCCACAACAGCAACAUGCAGGCUGCAAUGGACAUCACGGCAAAGUACUGCCAUAAGGAAAUGGAGGAAUAUGGGUCAUGUGUGGCUUCCAACCCAUCAACAUGGCAGCAAACGUGUCAUGAACUUAAGAUGAAGGUUGCACAGUGCACGUCAUCACAUCCGGUGAUCCAGAAGAUCAGAGAAGACUGUUCCAAGGAGUUUGUGGAGUUUGAGCGUUGCCUGAGAGAAAACCAGGACAAACCUGCCUCCUGCUCACCACACGUGGCUCGCUUCCUUGGCUGUGCAGAGACCGUGGACCUCAGUGGAGUGGGCCUGGAUCAGAGUCAAAUAUUAAGCCGGAAUGUUGUCACUCCCACACAAACUCUCCUGACCACUCAAUGAGUGAAACAUAGGGAGUCUGGGAAGAAUGAAGGAGGAGGAGGCUGUCCACCUUUUAAUCAACAAUACUAGUGAGAGAGACAGAGGGAGGAUGUUGAGUCAAGAGCCCUGUGACCACUGAGCAGAACAGGCCUUUUCUGGUUCAAUUAUUAAAGCACUGAAGGGGGUCAUGGAGGGGGGAAACAUUCAUUCUUUUCAAGUGUAAUAAAUACCUCCCUGCUUCAUAUGA